AUGACAGACUCUAAUACAAUUGUAUCAGCCAACGAUAAAACACCAGUUAGAACCGUAUCUUUGAUUAAAUCACUCUCAAGAGAUCUUCGUUCGCUUGAUUUACACAAUGAUCAUCCAAUAUUAUUGGUUUAUGCACGUGAAAUGAAAUUAUUAGCCACAGAGAUAUGUAUGUUUUCAAAUCAGCUGAUUAAAUUAGGUGAAAUUGAAUGGAAUUUAUUUCCUGAUACAUGGCCAAAUCUAUUUAUUAAACAUAGUGAAGUAAUACGUAAUAGUCAUGUAAUAUAUUUGGCAUCAUUACAUAAUCCAUCGACCAUAUUUGAACAAAUAUCAUUACUCUAUCAUUUACCAAAAUAUCAAUGUAUUAGUUUAAAAGUAUUAUUGCCCUAUUUUCCAACAGGUACAAUGGAACGUAUUCAAAUUCAAGGUGAAAUAGCGACAGCAUAUUCAUUAGCUGUUAUGUUAAGUGCAGUACCAUUAACACGAACAGGUCCCACUGAAAUUGUUACACUUGAUAUUCAUGCAUUACAAAAUCAAUUUUAUUUUUCAUCAAAUGUUGUUGUUCGUCUAGAAUCAACAAUUUGUUUACUUUUAAAUGAAUUAGAUAAAGAACAACAAAAUAAUCCACAUGGAGAUAAAUAUGCUAUUGCAUUUCCAGACGAUGGUGCACAUAAAAGAUAUUCACAUAUGUUCAAUUCAUGUGAUGAGAAGAAAUAUGAAGAAAUUAUUUGUAGUAAAAUUCGUCAAGAUGAUAAACGUAUAACAACAUUGCAAGAAGGUAAUCCUCAAGGAUAUCAUGUAAUUAUUAUCGAUGAUCUUGUACAAUCGGGUGGAACAUUGUUAGAAUGUGCAAAAACAUUGAAAGAAAAAGGGGCUAUAAAAGUGAGUGCCUAUGUAACACAUGGUAUAUUUCCAAAUGAAAGUUGGAAAAAAUUCUUACACAAUAAUAAUAAUACUAUAGAGAAAAACGAUGUGAAACUUGAUACAUUUUGGGUAACAAAUACAUAUCCAAAUACUGAAAUUCUUGUUGAUAAACCACCAUUUAAAGUAUUAUCAAUCGCAAAAUUAUUGUGUAACAUUUGUUUUAAUUAA